CGUUUCAUUUGUUAGACGCCCGUCCGCACGCGCUCAAGAUGUCUGACAAGGAACCGAGUGGCAGCGAUGGCAAAACGGCAUCUGCCGACAACGGUGCAUCUUUAGACACUGUUGUGUCCGAAGAGGAAAAACAACUGGCCACAUCUGCAGCGACCGAAUUUCAUGCCGGCAAGUAUAGCGCCUGCCUAGAGACGUUAGACAAGCUCCACGCGAUGAGGCCAACGGAUCCCAAAGUAGCGCACAACCGGGCAGUGGCUCGCUACUACGCGUCUUUGAUGAGCAUGGAGGAGUUCGGUCGCGAGCUUGUCGAAAGUUCGCCGCAGCUGUCGGACUCGCUGGACGACAUAGAUCAGUGCAUUCCAUUCUUCAACCACGCUGUGGCCCUGUUCCACGCGCAGCAUUACCGCCGGGCCUUGGCCGUGGUAGACCGCUUGUUCCAGUUCAUCGAGCCCAUGGACGAGACCGUGGCCAGAAAGAUGUGCUUCCUCCACAUCGAGCUGUGCCUUUGCCUCAAGCAGCCAGAGAAGGCCCUGGCUACCGUCGCGUACCUCGAGAACCUCGUGUUUAAGGCGGACAGCCCAACAGCGGAUGCCGACACCUGCCGCGUGCAGCUCUACAAGACGCGCUGCCUUAUCAUGAUGCGUUCGGUGAAGGCGAGCAAGCGGGAAAUAAAGAACCUGGUCAGCUCGUCGGCGGGCAGCAGCAGCCAGACAGUGUUCCUGAGGAGCCAGUUGGAGUUCCUGCGAGGGAACUACCGCAAGGCCGUCAAGGUGCUGGCCACGGUGCAGGCCGACGAUGCGCGCACCGUCGCUAUGUACCACAACAACCUCGGCUGCGUCCACUUCUGCACGGGCAAGCCGCAUCUGGGCAGCUACAACUUCGCCAAGGCCCUCAACACGUACGUUGAGAGCACCUCCAAGCUGGACGGCCGGCUUUACUUCGAUUUGCUGUACAACCUCGGCCUGCAGAACCUGUACUGCGGCAAGUACACGUCCGCCUUCGACUGCCUCGUGGAGGCGGUGCGCAUGCAGCCCACCAACUCUCGGCUCUGGCUGCGCAUCGCCGAGUGUUGCGUGAACCGCCACAAGUCGGAUAACUCCACCGAUUUCCAGCUCAAGGAUCGCAAGCGGUACAUGGUGAGCGGUACCGCGGGUGCUGGGCCGCACAGGAAAAUAAUCCUGGCGCCCAGCAUUUCGAGCAGCAAGCGCUCGCCGGCCGUCGGCUCGGCCGCCAUUCCGGUGCCCACCCUGGAGUUCGCCGCACUGUGCCUGGGCAACGUGCUGCAGCUGCUUCCCGAAGGAGCGGAGGAGCGCAAUUCAGCGCUCGCCCUGGCCGCGUACGUGGCACUCUGCCUGGACGAUCCCCUGAUGGCACUGAGGCACGCCGAAGAUCUGCUGGGCCAGCCCAAGGUGACGGGCACGCACAGCUUCCUGGCGCAUCAGUACGCUGCCGAAGCGUUACUGCUGCUCGACCGGGUCGGGGAUGCCAUCGAACACCUGAACCCAGACUUGAUCAAGGAUCUGUCGUACAGUUUUUCCGAGCCCGAUGAAACCAAAGGAAAGGAUGACAAAAUGUCCGAAGAAAACGGCAAGGCAUACAGGAAGCCAUGGUAUCCGGCCUCUCCUUCCAUGGCCAAGGUUGUCAGCCUAUACAAUCUGGCUGUGGCGUACACUCUGAGGGGUGGACUAGGAAAAGCAACGGAGACACUCAGGUUGGUCAGUGUGCCAAAGGGCCCUGACCCCGAAAUACCCGUGCAGGCCCUCAUGUUAGCCAUAUACGUCCAACUUCAACAGGGUCAUGCCGACUUGGCAAAAAAUAUAAUCAAACAGCAUCUUCCCCAGUACAAGUGAGCUAUGUGUAUCAUCUUCAUCAUGGUUGAUAUGGAAAGUGGAGCUCACCAUGCUGAAUAGCUUUUGCUUGCCCAGCACACUUCAGAAUCAUCUGUGGAAUACCAGUGCGCGAUCACAAAAGUAAGCAUUGUGGGCACUGUGUGUUUGCGGACAAUGCAGGAAAACUUUUUUACGAUGGUGGUAAUGAAAAACUGCAAGGUUUCAAACGACAUGCCGAAGGUGAUAAUGCAACUGUUUUGACACCUUCACUGCGAGCCUUUCUAGCUGUUAUGUUCACUUCAAAAUGCUGUGUAGAAUGGUGCAUCACAUCUCUGAUACAUUUUAAAUUUUCAAGAUAUGUGAGUGAUAACAUGCCAAACUACUAUAAAAGCUUCCAGUUGUACUGGAAGCAAUCCAAGCAUGGCUUCUGCGGAAAGUUACAAAAGAUUGUGCGAUACACUGUGCCACUUUAAUUUAAUCAAGCAAUAUGCAACGAAACUUUAUGAUCAUUUGCCGAAAAGUGAAAGAGUGAUCACCGUGCUGUUAGGCAUGACUCAAAGUGUGCUGUGUUUCAUGGUAUCGGUGAACUAGUCGCAAUUAAAUUCUCAAUUUUCUACAAUUGACA